AGUGAUUCUUGGGGUAUAUAAUACGGAUCAUACUAUGUGAUUGUCAGUUGACAAACGAAAUUUCUUCAAGAUGUUAGGUAAAAUUUUCAUCUUUGCUCUCUUCGGUAGCUCCUGCCUGUUGGCUAGUUCAAAAGCUGAGGAAAAUGAUGAAAAUUCGAGAGAUCUCAACGUCGAAGUAAACAGCCCAAAACUUGAUGCUCAACUUGAUUGGUUUAAUAAAGUUGGCCAAACUGUAAAGAAUGCCAGUGAAGAUUUGGAAAAGCCAUUCAAAACGGCUCACAAUGAUAUUUGCAAUUUUACAGACCAAGGCCAGAAAUUAUGCGGACAAAGCAAAGAUAAAUUUGAGGAAUUCAAUGUAAAGCUUGCCGAUACGAUCACCGAAUAUCAAGUAACAGCUCUCAAAAAAUCCAUCAAGGACUUGACCAAAGUUCAUGAGUAUUUGAACAAUCAACUCGACGCUGUACAAAAACGGUCGAGUCGAUCGAUUGGCUCUAAUGUGCAGAAUAAUAUAAACGGUCAGACUGGAGAUGUUAUUCCCGAUAGCUCACACAGUGCAUCUCAAGACAAUAAAUUAUUGAUUGCCGUAAGAGACAUCGAUAGUAGUGGAACCAAUAAUGGUAACCAUCAAGUCCAAAGUGUCAGUCCAAAAGGAAUUAAUAAGUUAGAAGAUAUAGUUGAUAACCUUACUCCUAAAGUGCAGGGUGCCAUUAAAAACGGAAUUAACACUGCUAAUCAGAUAGGAAACGUUCUUCCCGAUGGAUCUCUCGUCAUAUCUGGAGGCAGUAACUUAUUGAACGACGCAAGAUACGCCGCUAAUAGUGGAAUCAAUAAUGUUGGUUAUCAAGUCCAAGCUGGGAUUCAAAAAGGAAUUAAUGAUUUAGGAUACGUAGUUAAUACUAUUCGCCCUACAGUUCAGGCUGGCAUUAAUAAUGGAUUUAACACUGCCAGUCAGAUUGGAAAUGUUCUUCCCGAUGGAUCAAUCAUCUUAUCUGGAAACAGCAACUUACGGAAUGUGGCGGAAGACACGGCUAAUAGUGGAAUCAAUAAUGUUGGUCAUCAAGUCCAAACUGGGAUUCAAAAAGGAAUUAAUGAGUUAGGAAACGUAGUUGGUAAUGUUGGCCAUACGGUUCAGGAUGGCAUUAAGAACGGAAUUAACACUGCCGGUCAGAUUGGAAAUGUUCUUCCUGAUGGAUCAAUCAUCUUAUCUGGAAACAGCAACUUACCGAAUGUGGCAGAAGACACAGCUAAUAGGGGAAUCAAUAAUGUUGGCCAUCAAGUCCAACCUUGGAUUCAAAAAGGAAUUAAUGAUUUAGGAUACGUAGUUGGUACUAUUCGCCCUACAGUUCAGGCUGGCAUUAAUAAUGGAUUUAACACUGCCAGUCAGAUUGGAAAUGUUCUUCCCGAUGGAUCAAUCAUCUUAUCUGGAAAUAACAAUUCACCGAAUAAUAUGCAACACACCGAUAGUCAUGAAAACGAUAAUGUUGGUCAUAAUGUCCAUGAUAACAUUCAUAAACGAAUUCAUGAAGUCGGUAACGCAGUUCAUAAUGUUGGCCAUCAAAUCCACGAUGGCAUUCAUGAAAGAAUUCAUAAAGUUGGUGACGCAGUUCAUAAUGUUGCCCAUGAAGUCCAUGAUGGCAUUCAUGACAGAGUUCAUGAUUUAAAAAAUGUAAUCGGUAAUGUUGGCCAUAAUAUCCAUGAGCAAAUUCAUGACAGGCUUCAUGCAUUGAAAAACGUAGUUGAUAAU